AGCACUCCAUCGCAACAAUCGCAAAAGCAAAACCAUCAUGGAGGUACUCGCUGACAUCUCCGACCUUCUCGUGGACCCUCCGCUGCCGCUGGCCGUUCCUGCACCACUAGAUACCCUGAGUGACUUGGAGCAGACAGCAAAUGAACAACUUCCUCCAAUCGAUGCAACCGAAGAGCGCGUCGACAGCGACUCGGACGACAACAGUGACAUCGAGACACCAUACAUGCCGGAGAUUGCACAGUGGAGCUCGGACGACGACGUGGAGGAAGAGGAUGAAGAGGAAACAAAGAACAAGCCUUCAAAAGGUCGCAAGAAAAGGCGGAUUGCUGACAUCAUCGACGAGGAGGACCUCGAGGACGAAACAAUUUUGGCGCGUUCCGCCGAGCACGAGCGCGCGAAAAUGUUUAAGGCGGACGAAACUCCCACGAACUUUGGACGGGCCGAGGAUGGACGUGUGUGCUUGAAUCCACUCCCCGAUGGCAACGUCCCGACAGGUGCAGUCGGGGCUGCAGACGCCCCGGUUUUUGUCGAUCACUUCAUCUCGACAAAGCUAAAACCGCAUCAAAUCCAAGGGAUUCGCUUCCUAUGGAGCCACAUUUCGACCGGACCCAAGGGCUUUGGAUGCAUCUUGGCCGACUUUAUGGGCCUUGGCAAGACACUCCAGGUGAUCACAACCGUCCAUUCGUUUUUGAACGUCAUGACGGUGGAUGACGACGACGACGACAAAACAGAGUACGCCAAGUACAACACAGCGCUCAUCCUGGCGCCUGCGAUUUGCGUGCGAAAUUGGGAAUCCGAGUUUGCCAAGUGGCUGUCCCCGCGAGAGCUGGCGCGGAUGCAACUCACGACGUUGGAGUCGGACAAGUCGAUUCCAGACCGACUGGCAUCCAUCCUGGCGUGGCACAACAACGGAGGCGUCCUGGUCAUGGGAUAUGAAAUGUUUCGAAACAUUGUGCUGCAAGCGACUGGCGACGAGAAGGUGCGCGGCAAGACGAGCGCCGACUUGGAGCGCCGGAUGCAAGAUGCCCUGGCUUGCUUGUGUGGCCCAGGGCCCGAUUUGAUUGUCCUAGACGAAGGCCACCGCAUUCGUGAUGCCAAGUCCAAGCUCGUCAAGGCGUUGAGCCAUGUAGAAACCCGACGGCGCAUCAUCCUGACGGGGUACCCGAUCCAAAACCACAUGAAAGAGUACUGGACAAUGGUGAACUUUGCCCGGCCCAACUACCUCGGGACGUUGCACGAGUUUAAGAAUCGAUUUGUCGACCCGAUUGAAAACGGUCAGUUUGAAGACUCGUCCGAGAGCGACAUCAUUUUGUCCCGGAAACGGACGUUCAUCUUGACCAAGGAACUCUCGACGCUCGUGCUGCGACGAGAUGCUGGGUACCUGCAUCGCCAGCUCCCAGCCAAGCACGAGUACGUCCUGCUGUGCAAGCUCUCGCCCCUUCAGGUAAAACUCUACAAAGCGUUCCUGCGAGGCGGCGUGCCGAGAAACCCGACGACCGGGAAAAUCGAUGUCCUUGGAGGAUACCACAUUUCGUUGGCCAUUGUGAACCACCCAGACGUGCUCUUUGACGCCCUUCCUGGCAAAGAAGAGGUCCCGCCACCUCCUGCAACAUCCCACGCUGUCGACGACGACGUUGACAGCGACAUUGAAGCAGUCGAAGCUGUGGUGCGCACGAUGGGCCACCGACUGAGCUUUGCCGAGCCGUUGUUCGCGAAGGAUUAUUCAAAAGGCAUUGUCGAGCACAGCGGCAAGAUGGUGUUGCUGCUGCACAUUUUGCGGGAAUGCCGGCGCAUCGGCGACCGCAUCACGGUGUUUUCCCAGAGUCUCCCUACUCUGAACGCGAUCCAAGACAUGCUGGACGUGUACAACACGUACAAGAAAGACUACGAAAAGAUCCACGCGAUUCGGAUCGACGGCAGCACGUCGCAGCAAAUGCGGUUCUCCCGCAUCGCCCAAUUCAACGACCGCGACGAAGAAGUCGACGUGAUCUUGAUCUCGACGCGGGCAGGCGGCGAAGGGGUAAAUUUGUGUGGCGGGAAUCGCGUCGUGAUAUUCGACGUGUGCUGGAACCCGUGCCACGACGCGCAGUCCAUGUGCCGGUCGUACCGGUUUGGUCAAGUCAAGCCCGUUUAUGUUUACCGCCUCAUUUCUGCCGGCACGAUGGAAAAAAAGGUGUACGACUUGCAGGUGAAAAAAGAGGGCGUGAGCAAGCGCGUCGUCGAUAACACAGCGCUCGAACGCAAGUUUCAGAAACUCGACGUGAAAAAGUACUUUGACAUCCACGACUUCAAACAUGCCCAGACCAAGCUGGGCGACCCGUCGAUGGCGAUGGAGCCCUCUGCCGACGCCGCCACAUCCGACGAAGUGCUCCACAGUGUGUUGAAGUCGCGGUCGGCGUUUCUGGCCGACUGGUUUGAGCAAGAGAGCAUGUUUGAAGAAAACACGGACGAGCAGUGCUCGGCCCUGGAACAAGAAGAAGCGUGGAAAGAGAACGAGAUUUCCAAAGCGGCGCGCGGCAUCCGAUACCACCAAGUCGCGUCCGACUCGUCGGCGUCCAUCAAGCGGGUCAUUUGCACCCAAUGCAACCAGCCCAAUCCCGUGACGGAGUUGGACUUGGAGAAACUCAGCUUGGAUUGCUCCGAGUGCGAAACCACGAUGGACUUGAGCGACCCCGACCGCAUUGUGACUGUGAGCACGAAAAAUCACCCAGAAGUCGCUCAAAUGCAGCACAUGCACCAAAUGCGGCAGCGUGAACUCGCCAUGGCCGCGAACCACCAUGGGACGACCUUGCCCGCGUUCUCCCACUCGGUGCACACUCCCCAUGCGGCGAUCGCGGGGCUUCAACGAUUCCUACCUCCUCCGCCACACUUGAGCCACCUCACGGACUACCUCCAUCGACCUCUGCCAUCGUCCUUGACCGGACUUGUCGCCGCCACGACUCUACGCGCUCCAAGUCAAGGUCCUCCUGCUGUGAUUUCCUUGGACGAUGACUCUGGCCCUGCCUCUCGCUCGAUGCCGUGUCGCCGCCGCCGACUGUUGUUUCUUCGCCGCGGCCUCGAUCGACGCUUUGCCGAGGAUCUGCGCGAGCGCGCAGCCAAACUGGAAGGCAUUCAGUUCACCGUCCAGCUCGAUUCACACACGACCGAUCUCGUCACUGCGAUGACGAUGGAAGCUACGCUCGCCUGGCUCAAGCUCCAACUACUGCCGCCGCACGUGACGUUGCGGCCGGUCGCAUGGCUCGAGAACCUCGUCGCGACAUCGGCGCAGCAGUGUAACUAGGUCAAUGCAACGUCGGUCGGGUCUCCCCUCUCGCACUCUAGACAGCAAAUGGGACGUGCUAUUUUCUCGUGGAUGGCACUCUACACUGGAGCGGCACGAAAGCGGCGAAAUCGAG